AACUUGUUUAAUGCAGGACGGUCAGAAACUUCAGAAAUUGUCUUCUCUUCCCAAAAAUUUUUCAGAUUGGCAAGUUGGAGAUGAUUAUGAAAUUAUAAAACAAAUAGGUUCUGGAUCAUAUGGUCAAGUAGUAGAAGCUUUACAGAAAUCAACUAACAAAAAGGUGGCAAUCAAAAGGUUUUAAAAGUUUUGAUUAUCAAGAUUAACAGGAAUAUUUGAUGAUGAGAUUGAUUGUAAAAGAAUUCUAAGAGAAAUCACUAUUCUAAGAGAAUUAAAACAUCAAAACCUGAUUUAGAUUAUUGAAAUCUUAGAGCCAACUGAUCUCAAAUUUGAUACCAUUUAUGUUGUAAUGGAAUAUGCACAAGUAAUUUAUAUUAUUUUAGAAAAGAGUGACUUAAAAAAAUUAUUCAAAUCACCAAUACAUUUGUAGUUUUUACAUAUUUAAACUAUAAUUUACAAUAUAUGUGUUGGUCUUAAAUAUUUACAUUCAGCCAAAGUAUUACAUAGAGAUCUGAAACCAGCUAAUGUACUUUUGAAUGAAGAUUGUACUGUUAAAAUAUGUGAUUUUGGAUUGGCUAGAAGUGUGCAAGGUAUAAAAUUUAUUAUUCUAGGAAUUGAUGUUUCUGAUCAAGCAUUAGAAGAAGAAAUGGCAAGAUAAUAAGAAGAACCAAAAAAGAAAGAUGAUAAGAAAGGUCCUAGAAUGCUUUAAAAAUAAAAUAAAUUGAAUGCAAAAGCCGUUAAGCGAGAAUUAACAGGUCAUGUUGUAACACGUUGGUACAGAGCCCCUGAAGUGAUUUUAUUAGAGAAAGAUUAUACUGCAGCUAUAGAUGUUUGGUCUGUAGGUUGUAUCUUUGCAGAAUUAUUAAACAUGAUGAAAGAGAAUGCACCAACAUUUCUUGAUAGAGCUCCUCUAUUUCCAGGAACAAGUUGUUUUCCUUUGAGUCCAGAAAGAAGUGCAAUUGCUAAAAAAGGUGGAUUUCCAUAUUCUAAUACUGAUUAAUUAACAGUAAUUUUUUCUGUUUUAGGCACUCCAGGAGAAAAGUUAUAUUUUAUUUAAAUAAUUUAUAGGGAUAUGGACUUUGUAACUGAUAAAAAAGCUAUAGAAUAUUUGAAGAGUUUCCCCAAGAAACCUAAAGUGGCCUUUGUUGAUAUUUUUCCUGGUGCUCCUCCUGAAGCAUUGGAUUUUUUAGAUAAAUGUCUAUAAUUUAGUCCAAAAUUGAGAAUUACUCUUGAUUAAGCUAUUGAGCAUCCAAUGCUUUAAAAAGUAAGAGAUAAAAAGAAGGAAAUAGUUGCACCAGGUAUAAAUAACAUUUUAAUAAAUAGGACCAAUUAUCUUAGAUUUUGAAUAAGAAGGAGAAUUGCAAAUUCCAAGAUUGAGAGAAUUAUUCUUAAGGGAAAUUUCAAAAUAUAAACGUUGA